AAAUCCGUAACUGCGGUCCCCCGUUCAUUUGAUGAGAAUACACGAGUCGUCUCCGAACUUGUGGAACCAAAGGCUGGUCCAGGGGGAGGCAGUCCAUCAACGCCUCAGAAGAAUCCACCUGUGCUACCUAUGCCAGCUACAGUCGAACAUAGCGCCGCAAAGCGUGAAUCAAGGAAGAGCUUCGUUCCAGAGUCCCUUCCACCCACACAAGCCCCAUCUGGCAUCAAGUUAAGCGAUUCUGACGUCCCCCCUGAGUCGCAAUUCCCCACUAAGGAGCUGAUAUUUUCUCGCGAGUCGAAUCUCCUUGCUUCGCAUCCUGUACUGGAUGAGACUCACACGGCCCCCUUCUCUCCGUCCCCACAAGCGGGGCCAUUCCUCCUCGGAGUGGGCAAGCUUAGUGAAUCAGAGCCUCAGUCGAAUGCUCCUUCAACCGUUGACGCCUUCAGCGUAGAUUCACAGAGAGAGUCGGAGCAGCAACUCUCUGUGAUCCCUGCCUCUACGACCCAUUCAGAUAUUAUCGUCCCCACUAAGGAAGACAGUUCACCUUCGGACUCAACCAAAUUUGGAAGGGGCUCCUGGAUAGUUCGCGCUAUGGGAGAUUCUACGAAGACAAAGCCAACGCCAAUGCGGUCGAAUUCAAAUCUUGCUUCAAUGUCCACUUCAAAAGCUGCGGAAAGGGACACCAGUACCCGCAGUUCGGCACCCGCCAUUACACCUCCGAAGGAGCAACGUGAAAACUUCCCGAGUGUGAAAAGGAAGUCAGAUGACAUUGGGGAAGAUGGGUUAUUGAGUCGUCCAAGCAAAGUCCAGAAGGUUCAAUCAGAAGACGUUCCCCGCGGUAAUCCCGUUGGACUUUCUGGGUCCCACGACAUUUCAACCUUCAAUGGCCAGCCAGUUGCGGGUCCUUCUCGUUUGUCGGCUGCGCCCAUCCCCAUGGAAGCUGCCCCAGUGCCAAAGUGCGGACUUGACAAGCUCCGCGAAAUGCUGCACGGCAUACAGCAGCCACAUCGUUCCAACGCUCCCUUAAGGGCUUCAUCCAUACAUCACACGAGCUCAAACGUGCCCCAGGCCAACACCCGAACAUUCAGCCUCAGUGAGCUUGUUGGGGAUCCUGACCGGAGUGAGGCGAAUGGAAGUGAUGAUCACGAUGUGUCUGAUGAUGAGAGCGCCCCUAGUAGCGAUAAGGAAACAUCGCUCGAAACUGGAAACGAUGAGCGUGUAGCCGCUCCAGAUAACAGAGAGACAGAUGAUGUGAGCUCUGAUGUUGAGCUUGAGAACGUCCAGACCGAGGACGAUGCCGUCUUGAUCAAUCCCGUUGUUAGCUACACGCCUCCUGAUUCUCCCCCGGCGACUCGCUCCAAUGACAGCAUCAUUAGUCAGGCUUAUUCCAUCCCUGGGGCUGGGUCUUUAAUGUCCACUGCGUCCGAAAGUCGUAACUUCAGGUCAACAUCUUCGAUAAAGCUCGUAAGCGCUAACCAGCCGUCAAACGCUCCACCAUCGCCUUCCCCACCUCCCCCCGCGGCCUCCCCGCCCGGUUCAUCUAUGCUUUCGGCAGCCCUGGGUACCCUUUCCUCCAUGAUAACGGUACCUGCUCAAUUCUUCUCAUCAGCACCCAAGGCGCCAACAUCUAGCCCACUCAGAUCGCAACCUACCACAAACUUUCUAAAGCAUAAUCCUUUUGCGCCCUCACCCGAACCUGGACUCGCCUCGUCCGUCGACUUGGCAAUCAAUCCUUUCCUCGUGUCGCCGACCCGGCCCACAGAGGAUUUCCAUCAGUCUUCACAGCCGCGCAGAUCCCGGACACCCCCUCGAACCCAAGUUGAGUCGCAGUCAACAGUCUUCUCUCAGGCUAGUGGUGCUAGCUGGUUCGCACCAUCAAGAACUGCGUCCCAUGUGUCCUUAAAUUAUGAAACUGAUAUCACGGAGUCGCAAAGUGCUGAGUCGCAAAACGUUGCGGUGCAACAUGACACCCAGGCACCCUUUAAGACAGCGACGGCACUAUCAGAGCAAGAUCUGGCUUUGCAACAAGAUAUGACGACAGCAGCAGUUCCGAGCGCUGCGGUACCCCAGCCACUGAAGGGCUCAGAUUUACAAAGGCUCGUUGUUGUUAUUCCGAGCUCCAAUCCCCGCCCACACUCGGUUGCUGAGAAACCUACGGGCCCCAAGAAGGUUCAGAGUCAGAAGCAGAUGAAAAAAAUGGUUCAUUUUCCUGCCUAGAAAUUGCGCUCUUGCUCGCUCGGCUCAUAUCAGACCGU